CGAAGGCCCCACGAGAGUGCUUCCCGCUGGUCCACUGCGGGGUACCCGCACUUGGAAGCCGUGAAGUACGUUGCCCGAGUGCCAUUGUAGACCGUCCUCUCCCAGAGGGCGGGAUCUGAAUUCGCAUCAGGUUUCUUACUAGCUAAGCAACACGAUGGAAAAUACAGCGAAAGCAAAUAAAAAGGAUAUUCAAGAUGGGCUGCUGAAAGAAGUGAAAUUGCCUACCAGUGAAGCAUUUCUAGACUAUCACUGUCAAAUAAAGGAAAAUGCAGUGGAACGACUGAUGGCUCAGAUAAAGAAGCUUCGAGAAAAGAACCAGAAGUACCAUGAAAGAAAUCGACGCUUAAAGGAUGAACAGAUUUGGCAUAUCCGGAACCUACUCAAGGAACUAAGCGAAGAGAAGUCAGAAAAGUCAAAAGUUGUAUCAAGAGAGGAUGUUGAAACAGCAAUGAAGGAGAAGUGGCAGUUUGAAAGAGACCAGGAACAAAACUUAAAAGAUAUGCGCUUGCAAAUAAGUAAUGCUGAGAAACUAUUUCUUGAGAAACUCAGUGAGAAGGAAUACUGGGAAGAGUACAAGAAUGUAGGGAGUAAACAACAUGCUAAACUCAUCAUCUCCUUACAAAAUGACAUCAAUAAAGUUAAAGAGAAUGCAGAGAAAAUGUCAGAACAGUAUAAAAUCACUCUGGAAGAUGCUAGAAAAAAAAUAAUCAGAGAAACUUUGUUGCAACUGGACCAAAAGAAGGAAUGGGCCACAGAGAAUGCUGUGAAGUUCAUUGACAAGGGUAACUAUCGACAUAUCUGGGAGAAUGACUGGCUGAAAAAAGAGGUUGCAAAUCAUAGGAAGGAGGUUGAAAUAAUGGAAAAAGCUAUUCAUAAACUGGAAGAAGAAAAUUUGGUGCUCAUUGAUCAACUAUUCAACUGUAGACUUGUGGAUCUCAAAAUACCCAGGCAACUAUAUCUUACCCAAGCAGCUGGACAGGAAGUACCACCUGAAGAAAUGCCUUUGGAGUUGCCAGAAAUAUAUAUAGAGGAGUCCAAAUUGGAGCCCACAGAAGUAGAAAGUAAAGACAUGAUGAGCUCAUCAGUUCAGAUCAGUGCCUUACAGCUGAGUCAUGAGGAUAGCGUCAGAUCUGACCAGCAUCUGGAAGCAGAUGAAGUUAGCUCAUGUCCAGAGUUUGGAGCCUCUGAUUUGAAAUACUUACUAUAUGAGGAUGAGCAGGAUUUCAAGAGUUAUGCAAACUUGGGCCCUCUGAAAGUGAAGCUCAUGCGUGUGGAGAGCAAGAAGAUGCCAAUUCAUUUUCAAGAGAAGGAAGUUUCAGUCAAAUUCAGUGAAGAUGUCAGGAGCCCAGAAAGCCUCAUCACAUAUAAAAUGAUGAAGUCUUUUUUCUAA